GAUAUGCGAACAUCACACAUUACAUGAGUAUGCGUGUAUAACACUAAAUUAAAUGAGAGUUAUUAUGCUUUUUCCAAAACCGUUAUACAAUUAAUUAAUUAUUAUUAGUCCAUAAAUACCCCUUCCACCCCCUCUGAAAGACACAGCGACAAGAGUGUAAAGAGAAAGAGAAAGCAAAGAAUAAGAAGAAGAUGAAGAAGCUUCUGGGUCUAAUUACAUUUCUAGCAAUCGUGAUCCAACAAAGCUCUUUGGAGUUAGGAGCAGAUGCGUUACCGAAUGAUGGGUUCGUGAGGACUAAAGGUGUUCAGUUUAAUCUCAAUGGCUAUCCUUUUUACGCUAAUGGCUUUAAUGCCUAUUGGCUCAUGUACGAAUCCGCCGAUCCAUCCCAAAGGUCUAAGAUCUCUGCCGCGCUCCAAGAUGCCUCUCGCCAUGGCUUGACCGUUGCUCGAACAUGGGCUUUCAGCGAUGGCGGUUACAGACCUCUUCAGUCUUCCCCUGGCUCCUACAACGAGGAUAUGUUUCAGGGUUUGGAUUUUGCGAUUGCUGAGGCAAGAAGCCAUGGGAUAAAGAUAAUACUCAGCUUUGCCAAUAACUACGACAGCUUCGGAGGGAGGAAGCAAUAUGUGGAUUGGGCUCGAAGCCAAGGCCGUCCCGUUUCUUCUGAAGACGACUUCUUCACUGACUCCCUUGUUAAAGAUUUCUACAAGAACCAUAUCACGGCUGUGCUCAAUAGAUUCAAUACUUUUACUAAAGUUCAUUACAAAGAUGACUCAACUAUUAUGGCUUGGGAGCUCAUGAACGAGCCCCGUUGCCCCUCAGAUCCUACCGGAAGAACCAUUCAGGCUUGGAUUACUGAAAUGGCUGCUCAUGUGAAAUCACUAGACAGAAACCAUCUGCUUGAAGCUGGCCUCGAAGGUUUCUAUGGUCAGUCUUCACCUCAAAGCAAGACUCUAAACCCACCCGGCCAGUUUGGAACUGAUUUCAUCGCCAAUAACCGCAUCCCCGGCAUUGAUUUUGCUACGGUUCACUCUUACCCUGACGAAUGGUUCACAGAUGCAAGUGCAAGCGAGCAGUUCAAAAUGGAUUUCUUGAACAAAUGGAUCGACGCACACAUCCAAGACGCACAGAACGUUCUUCGCAAACCCAUUAUAGUAGCAGAAUUUGGUAAAUCGAUGAAGAAACAAGGCUAUAGCUCUGCAGAGAGAGACAUUGUCUUCAACACCGUGUACAGCAAGAUUUACGAGUCUGCAAAACGAGGCGGUGCAGCAGCAGGAGGAUUGUUCUGGCAACUUCUGGGAAAUGGAAUGGAUAAUUUUCAAGAUGGGUAUGGGAUCAUACUUAACCAAAGCUCGUCGACGGUUAACGUCAUUGCUCAGCAAUCGCGGAAGUUGACUUUGAUUCGGAAAAUAUUUGCUAGGAUGAUCAAUGUGGAGAAAUGGAAGAGAGCGAGAGGCCACGGACAAGUAAGAGGUCAUCACAAAAUCAAAAACUGAAGACUAAACUAAUUUAUACUUUUAAUAUUUACUCUCUUAUAGCGAAUUCAAGGACCUCAGCUCGUCCAAGAAAGUAAUAGUGAUAGAUUUCAUAAUAUACUUAGUUUUUGGCCGGAAUGAACUUUAUUCAGUAAAGAAAAUAAUAAUUAGUGUGGCAAUUUUUUA